AUGUCGGCGCCAGUUUGCCAAGUUCCAGGCGACGACAAGGAGGAGAAGCGCCUGGAUGUGCACAAGAAGACCAGGCUUUGCAAGUUCUUUGCGAUGGGUGCAUGCACCCGUGGGACAGCCUGUGCCUUUGCCCACGGCUUGGAUCAGUUGCGCAAUCAACCUGACUUCUCCAAGACGCGGCUGUGUGCAGAUUUCGUCGAGUUGGGAAGCUGUUCAGAAGGAAGCAAAUGCAAAUUUGCACAUGGGAAGCAGGAACUCCGUCCAGGCUCCGCUGCGAAAGUGGGUCGGCCAUCGUCAAAGAUGGAGAAAGCAAGGUGCAAGGAGGUCAGUGAGGGUGAAGCUAGCCUGGUUGCAGCACAGGCAAUGAAGACCUUGCAGCUUCAACAGUCUCUACAUGAGCAAGCAGCACUGAAGCUGCUGAUGCACUUCUCCAGCACGCACACGACCAAGAUGGAAGCUGACAAAGAUGACUGUCAGCUUAACGCGUCGACUUCCUUCAGUCGGCAAACCACUUGGGAAGGGAUGGAAACUGCCUCAGCCGGAUUCAGCCGCGGCACCACUCUUUCCAGUGACACGGAGUUGCCGACCCAGACGUUCGACGAGCUCGCCCAGGAGUGUGACAAGACGGCCAAGCCACGCGAUUUGGAGAUCGUUGUGAAAAACACAUUCCUUGAAGUGAGAGAGCAGGAUGAAGAGGAUCGGGUGCUUAGACGCACACGCUCCCUGCCUCUUUUUUAA